CAAUCAUUGCCAAUCAGUUGCUGCCAGUACUUCAUUGUUGUCACGGGUUUAUCGACGAUCCAUGUGUCGUCCAGCCCUUGACCACGCCUCACAUACCCAACCAUGAGCCAACCUCCUAGUCCGUCAAAGGGUGAAGAUCGCGACUCGAACGAGCGAUAUCUCUCUCGCCAUGGAGAAGGAGUGACGCUAGUGAAAGAAAUCCGGAAUUGUUGCGCUAAUAUCAUUGUACGCAGGAAGCAAUGUCAGGAACUAGCAAUGGAUGUCUCCGCCCUUUUCGAUGUGCUCAAGGAUAAUGUCGGAUACCUAACUUCUGCGGAGUUGCAGCAGAUGCUAGACGAGAUAACCGCGAUCCUCACUUCGGUCUAUGCUCGUGUUCACGAAUGGUCUCAAUACGGAUUCUUACAGGCAUUUUGGAGAAGCGGACAAGUCGGAUAUGGAUUGGAUCAAUGUGAAAAGGAAGUUCGCACUGCUUUGAACAAAUGGAAGAUGUCUGCUGCUAUUUCACUCAACAACACACGCAAUCCAUUGGUUCUCAUCGUGAUGCAAGAUCCGGAAGAGUGGCCAAAGUAUAUUGCGGGGCACAGAGCAGAACUCUUCAAAUUCACUAAACAGUUUCUACGAAAGCGACCUCUCGUGGAAGAAGCCAUAGAAUUGCAUAAGCUGGGUCAUCCAGCAGCGGAGCGGAUGAUGGAGCUCAGCCAAUUGCUCCUUCAACUACCCAUCCAAUCUUCCAAUGCUGGACGAGCCGCGAUUGAAUAUUUGACACAGGAAGACUAUGACUCAUAUAGAGAUAGGCUGGUCAGGUUCCAGCAUCUCACAGGCAUCCCACCGACCAUCAAGCUGCUUAAUGGGCAAAUCGAGAAGCUCGGUGAUGAGCCCAUAGAAUGGGGUAGCUAUAGCCAGCUAUGGAAUGGUCGCUGGCUUGGCCGUAUCAAGGUUGCUCUCAAGGUCAACGGAAUCGAGGCAUUGCCCAGCGUGAAAGUUCGGUUUGACAGAGAGAUGGCGGUUUGGUCAAAGCUGAAACAUCACAAUGUCCUUCCUUUCUACGGCAUAGCGACGGACCUGGGUCCCCUCGUUCACAUAGUCACACCGUGGUGCUACAGGGGAAAUGUUCUUCAAUUCACUGAAAACAAUUCGGGAAUUGACAAGACACGUCUUCUUCUGGGCGCCGCUCGAGGACUUCAACGUCUACAUGCAGAAAAUGUAAUUCAUGGAAAUGUGAGAUGCACGAACAUCCUGGUCACCGACGAGGGUGAAGCCUGCAUCUGCGACUAUGGCAUGCUGCCUAUUUACGCUGAGAUCACAAGUAAAAGUCCUUCAGAUGUAUUGAUGCAAGCCGGCUAUACGCGUUGGAUGGCUCCUGAACUAGCCGUUGGUGCUACGUUACUAGGUCCUAACACUGCCUGUGACGUUUGGUCAUUCGGAAUGGCAGCGCUAGAAUGUUACACAAGCCAUCCUCCGUAUGCCGAGAUCCAGUCGGAUGGGCUCGUUACGAAAGCUCUCUAUAGCAGAGAACAUCCCGACAGGCCGCAGGAUAUGAUGGCAAUAACAGAUGGAGUCUGGGAGGUUCUGGUUAGUUGCUGGCAGAAGAAGCCUGGAGAUCGCCCGACGAUGGAUGAAGUAGUGUCCCACUUUUAUCAGAUCGUGCAGGCGAUGCCCGAUUAGGUCGCGGCGAAUCAGUCAUUAUAUGCAGUGUUGGAUUUGUGGACUUCUGGUUGAGAUGAAGUAGCGGCCCUAAAUGACAAGGCGGAUGAACGGGUAGGCGACAGUAAGGUCUUGUUACAUAGGCACACACAGAGUAUUUUUUUUGCUUGAUACGACUGUAUAUGUCCUAUACAUGUCAUACACUGCAUGACAGAUUGACGGCCAAAAGUCUGAUUUAUUCCUUCA